GUUUGUGGAUCUUCCACAGAACUCUAAAAAAAUUUCCUACUUAGAUAUCUCCCCCCACAAGAGCUCUAAGCUUUUUCUCGUGUUCCACAGGCCUUCCCACCUCCUCGAGUCGCAAUGGAGUGGAUAGAUCCGCUCCGCAAUAUGUCGCUCGGUGUUUCUCACCCAGCACCAGAAUCCGUGGCAAGCUCAGAGCUAUCGUCUGUUUUCAACAAUGAUGAGGAAUGGUACGAUGCGCGCAACAGCUUGGUCGAUACUCUCAAGCACAGGUACACGCCCAACGGCCCCGAGGAUGACACGUUCACAGUUCUGCGUGUAUUCGUGAUGAAGUUGCCAAAGGACGGUCAGCUUGCGCUUAUGUCGGAGAUUUACGAUCUCAUGGAUGAUCCGCCCAAGCUACGACAACUACGGAACUUCUUGGUAGGAGCAAUACUCAAGCCUAUGAAGGCGGCAGGCGGCAAGGGUCCCAAAACCCCAAUUACACCUUCUCCACAUGCAGCAGCCAGAGACGAAGUCCUCCUCAGUAUGACCACGAUUGAGCCAUCUUCCAGAAAGGACCAGCCAAGAUUGAAGGCCAACUGCUUGCAGAGAGAGGGAUAUCGCUGUGCUCUUUCUCGCUACAUUGAUAUGAAUAUGAGACACAAAGUUUCGGCAUCUACAGCACCAACCACCAAGAUCAGGACUCAUUGUGCCUGCAUACUCCCGUUUGCUCUUGGGAAUUUCGACGAGGAAAAGGCACAGGGGACUGAGAAUAAGGCUAUGAUCUGGUGGGCUCUCUAUCGAUACUUCCCAGAUCUGAAGGGUCAAAUUGGUCCUGAGAGCAUCAACCAGUGUCAAAAUGCCAUCACCAUGUGGACCGCCUUACAUGAGGAGUUUGGAUGUUUCAACCUGGCCCUGGAACCUCUGGGAAAUGAUCGAUAUCAAGUUCACUGGUUGAUAUGUGAGGGAAUCAGCAUUCCUCCUAUUAUCACCUUUACAUCGAAUGACCCUUCUGUGCCGUUGCCAGAUCCCAAAUACCUUUGGUGCCAUUUCCGUGUCGCGGAGAUCCUCGAAGUAAGUGGUAUUGGACAAAAGAUCACAGACACCAUGGACAGCGAGGCGUGGGACCCUGAGAACAUAGAUCCCAAUGGCUCUACCGAUAUAGGAUCUAUCCUAUCUCGCAAGAUGCUAACGGGUAUCUAAUAGUGGAUCAGGACGGGUGGUGAAGCCUCAUUGUCCUUGGUAGAGACUGGAACAUUCACAAUGUCUACUACCCACAACUUCACAGGCAUUAAUCUGUCCCAUCGCCCACUUGGGAAUGCCUCCAUUUGUCUGCGUCAUACUUAUUGCCUGUGGUGGUACAGGGCUGCGUGUUCGUGAGAUGUUUUGGACAACGGCCGUCGUGUAACCGUCGGAGACAGGCGCACCGGUCGUACUUUGAGUUUCGUGAUGCUAGCCAGAUGGCUGUGUAUUCUUAGGCAGCACCAAGUGGGGGCUGAAGGACUUCUGGGUGCUGUUUCUACGUAUCCCUUCCCUCCUCCAGCCCAAGGGCUUACGUAGUCUCUGCUGCCAUAAAGGUGCCUAUAAAUGGUCUCUUCCACCUCCCCAUCUCUGACGCGCGGCGGCGCGGCUGGCUGGCGCACUACGACACGGC